AAAGUUGAUACUGAAAUUAGAUUUACCCUUUCUCUCUCUUUCUCUCUCUCUCUCUAGAAGUGCAAGCAUAGCAUCAACAGAGAGCGACAGAAAGACAGUUAAGGGCGAGAGCUUUAUUUGCCGUACCGCCAUCUCCCAUUCCCCUCGAGUUCUUCGGCUAAUUCUCUCCGAGCAAUUGAAGAUGGUAGACUUUGCUAGGGUUCAGAAGGAGCUUCAGGAAUGCAGCAGAGACAUGGAGCGCUCGGGCAUCAAAGUCAUACCCAAGAACGAAGCCACUCUUGCCCGUUUAAUCGGAACAAUUCCCGGCCCAAUUGGUACCCCUUAUGAGGGCGGCACCUUUCAGAUCGACAUCGCCUUGCCAGAUGCAUACCCUUUUGAGCCUCCCAAAAUGCAGUUUACGACCAAAGUUUGGCACCCUAAUAUUAGCAGUCAGAGUGGAGCAAUUUGUCUUGAUAUAUUGAAGGACCAAUGGAGCCCAGCUCUCACAUUGAAGACAGCACUUCUAUCUGUACAAGCUUUGCUUUCUGCUCCUCAGCCGGAUGAUCCUCAAGAUGCUGUGGUGGCACAACAGUAUCUGAAAGAUUAUCAGACCUUUGUUGGCACAGCUCGGUACUGGACAGAAACAUUUGCUAAGAAAUCAUCUCUUGGGAUUGCUGAAAAGGUACAAAAGCUUGUUGAGAUGGGUUCCCUGAAGCUCAGGCAAGGAGUACUUUGGAAGCCGUUGGCGGGGAUGAGAACUUAGCCCUCGAAAAGCUUUGCUCCGGUUAGCCAAAAAGAAAAGCUUUGUUCAGUACACAAAUGAUAGCUGCCAGCAGAGAUUUGAUAUUUAAGUAUAUAAGCUACCCACUCUAAGAUGCUGGAAAGUAUACUGACAUCAAGGAUUAAUUGGAUAUAAAGCUUUUCUAUGUUUAGUUUAGAUUUUUUUUCAUCUUUUCUAAUGCUUUGCAGACUGUCUCUAUCCUUAUUGACCAAGUAUGUUAAAAUGUGGAACUUGGGUAAAAUUUUUAUUUCA